GCCAACGGCGUCGCCAUUGGUUUGGGCCGAGGGAAGUGCACUUGACUGAGCGGAAAUAGAAGAUCCCGGAGACUGGGAAGGUGAAGACUAGAGGAGCUGGGGACCUAGCUUUGGCUUCACCUCCCUCACUGAUACAGCAUGGGGGAGAAGUCAGAGAACUGUAGGGCUCCAGAGGAUCUUUUCAAUGGUUUGAAAGUUACAGAUCCCCAGGAAGCAGAGUGUGCUACCCCUCCGGUUUCCAGUCCCAAAGAUCACCAUCUCCAGAGCAAGCUGCUCAAGGAUGUUGCAGCUCAUUCCCAGGAAGACCAGGGAGAAGAGGAGUGUUUUCAUGACCUUAGUGCCUCAUUUGAGAAGGAGGAGCCAGGAGCAGACAAGGCUGAGAACAAACCUGAUGAUGUGAAUUCCUCUGAACUUGAUGAAGAAUACCUAAUAGAACUGGAAAAAAACAUGCCAGUUGAGGAGAAACAGAAGAGAAGAGAAGAGAGCACUAGACUAAAGGAGGAGGGAAAUGUGCAGUUUAAGAGAGGAGGUAAGGCACCUGUCCCAGCACUGAUGUCUGGUCAUCCUGAUUCCUCGUGCUGUCUUGGAGACAAGAAAGAGAUGGCCAUCAGUGACUGCAACAAAGCAAUUCAGUUAAACCCCUGCUAUAUCAGGGCAAUACUGAGGAGAGCGGAGUUGUACGAGAAAACGGACAAGCUAGAUGAAGCCCUGGAGGACUAUAAAUCCAUUUUAGAAAAAGAUCCAUCCGUACAUCAAGCAAGAGAAGCUUGCAUGAGAUUACCUAAACAGAUUGAAGAACGUAAUGAAAGGCUAAAGGCAGAGAUGUUAGGUAAACUAAAAGAUCUUGGGAACUUGGUUCUUCGACCUUUUGGACUCUCCACCGAAAAUUUCCAGAUCAAACAGGAUUCCUCUACUGGUUCCUACUCCAUCAAUUUUGUUCAAAAUCCAAAUAAUAACAGAUAACAAAGUUAACAGUAGCUUGUAAAGCUGGCUUGGAGAUUGUGUGCUGCUUGCUAUUAACAAGGGGGAAGGCCCUGCCAAUAUUUAACUAAAUUAAAAGCAUUUUAUCUCGAAGACAGGCUAUCCACUGGGGCCCAGUGUUCCCUUUUCCCUCUUGUUUUCCGAUCAGGGUGAAAUGCACUUCUGAUGUCAUAAGCCUAAUUUGAUUCCCAUUUUAAGGUGGUGUCUGCAGCUGUUGCCCUUGGUUCUGGCUGUCCUUGGCUUUGUCCGGGACGAAGCCUGCUUGUCAAAGCUGACCUCCCUGAGCUAUACACGUGAGCCCAGCCAGAGCAUCCCCCGGCCCGAGCAGACCUGCCGGUCGGAGACUGCCCGAACAUGAUUCCUGGGGUUCCCGCCUGCUGUCCCCUGUCCCUGAUGACUCACACCGCCCAGGCUGCCGGGCAUGGGCUCCGGCGUCUCCUGGUUUCUUCUGUGGUAAAUAAACGCUUUCUGUGACGGUCUGA